AUGAUCGACAUGGACCGUACGCAGUACGAUAAAUACUAUAUCGAUCAGUGGCAGCUUCAUACGCAAAGCGGCGGAGACGAUUGUGAUAAAGAAUAUACCGGUCAUCAAUUGCCGGUGGAUAUAUCUAGUGAACAAAACCAACACCACCAUCAGCGUACAUCAUCAUCAUCAUCAUCCACAGAAUUAAUUUGCACAGAUCGUGGUUCUGCUACCACUGCAAUCACAACGGCUUCCACAACGACUACUGGCACUGCAUUCACAGUUGCAUCAAGUAUGCUUCUGCUACAAACACAGAGCCCAUUUGGCUGCAGCAGUUUUGCUGAUUUUCUCAGUGCACCUUACACUGAUCCUACGGAUACAGGAAGUCUCACUGAAGAGUUAGAGCCCUUUCCAGAAUUACAGUUAGGCAAUUCUCAGCCUGUAACAGCAACGCAAGACGAUAUCACCCAAUCAAAUCUUCACCAUCAAAUGCAAUCUCGAUCGCUACCUGGAGAUCUACAAACAGAUUCAUUGAGCCCAACUCCACUACCCAGUUUCCAAGAGACGUACACUGCUCAUCAACGCUACACACGCCAGGAACUUCAGAGUCUGGACAUCAAGAUGGACGACGAGUGCUUUGACGCUCUUCAGUAUGCUUGCGCAGAUACUCCUUAUACUCCUGAGUUUGCCGCAGCUAUUCCAUAUCAUCCGCAACAACAGCCCCAACCCCAGCCCCAGCAUCAUCACCAUCACCAUCACCAUCAUCAACACCAACAACAGCAGCAGCAACAGCAGUCCCAGCAGCAUCAUCAGCAACAUCCAAUGAUGCAUCAUCAUCAGCAGCAACUUCCUCAUCAGCAUCAACACCACCAUCGUCAGGAAAAUCAUCAUCACCAAAAUAUUCCACCAACGCUGACACCACCUCCAGUAGCAGUGCCAAUUCAAUCAGUAACAGCAAUGGCUAAUUCACCAUCUCCACCAUCACCGUCACAGCCAACUCCUCCACCUCCUCCACCUCCACCACCACCACCAGGAUACUUCUCAGCGAUAACGUCGAAUCACAGUGCCACAAUGCAGUCAGCUGGAAAUUUGCACCAGAGAGACUUGUCCGGUGCUUUCACAAAUGUACCUAUGGCGGCCUACGGGCAAGGAAAUAUCAUGAGUGUAUCACCGGUUUCGAUGACAUCCAACGUUACCGGAUCAAAUGUUCAUAUUGGAUCGACACGUUCUCGAGCACCAAUGCUCCAAAGAUCAGACUCUACCAGUAGUGGUAGCAAUCAAGAGUCCCCCAAAUCAUGUCCGAGCACAUCUAGCAAUGUUGUCAGAACAGAUUCUUUAAAAGGUCGACGAGGAAGACUUCCUUCAAAACCAAAAUCACCACAAGAAUCACCUCCAAGUCCGCCCGUUACUCUAAUUACUGCAUUAGUACGAGCUCACGUUGACACAACCCCUGAUGUUGCUAAUUUAGAUUACUCUCAGUACCAUGAACCUGGCGUACCUGCACCUUUGGUAACAGAUGCUGAAAAAGUUCAACAGUUUUAUAAUUUACUUGCGACGUCCAUUGAUGUUAUUCACAACUUCGCUGAAAAAAUUCCUGGAUUUACGGAUCUAUUAAAAGAAGAUCAAGAAUUACUCUUCCAAUCAGCGAGCUUAGAACUUUUCAUCCUCAGGUUAGCUUAUCGUACAAGAGUCAGUGAUAAUACUUUAACAUUUUGCAACGGAGUUGUGCUAUCACGAACACAAUGUUACCGGUGUUUCGACGAAUGGCUAUUCAAUAUCUUGAAAUUCUGUCAUGUUCUCCAUAGUGUAGAAAUUGAUGUCAGUGCAUUCGCAUGUCUUUGUGCCCUCACACUCGUUACAGAUCGGUAUGGUUUGAAAGAACCACAACGAGUAGAAGAUUUACAAAUGAGAAUAGUAUCAUCACUUCGUGAUCACGUAACUUACAAUUCAGAAGCCCAGAGAAAGACUCAGUACCUGUCACAUUUAUUAAGUAAACUCCCAGAUUUAAGAAGUCUUGCUGCACAAGGUCUUCAGCGAAUUUUUUACCUCAAGGUGGAGAAUCUUGCACCGAUGCCACCUCUUAUUGAAUCUUUAUUCGUUAAUAGCAUUCCCUAUUAA